AUGUUGCAGCCGUGGUGGUCCUGUCUCUCAUUCAUCCUCUUGAGCUCUGUAUUGCCUUGUCUUGCGACCGGUCACUCCUUUGAAAACACCGCGGUUGUGCGGACCGUCGAACUCGCUGGGUCACUUGUACACGUUACAACCACUUACGCAGUGAAGGCACUGGAGAAUGAGGCCAGCGUGUACACACUCGCUUUGGCUAAGCUCCAGCAUGAGAAGACGAGCUGGCUCGAGGCGAAGAUCAAAGGCCAGUCGGUCGGGUUACCUCUUGAAGAGGCAGGAUACAACGCAGAAAGUGGUGUAUACCUAUACGAUUUACAGCUCCCGAAGGCUCUGAGGACGAAUGCAACAACUAAUUUGGUGGUCGAGACUGUUGAGACACACGCGACCUUUCCAUGGCCGGAACAGGCAUCACAGAAGGAUCCCCAAUCCCUCAAAUAUGAGACUGAUCUGUUUGUUCUGAGCCCAUAUUUCACUGCGGUUCAGAGGACGAAAGUGAGAUCACCUUCGCCGCAGAUACUCUCUUACACUACUCCUGAGAACCUGGAUGAGUUCACUACUGAAGAACCUGUGACGAGGUCCAGUGCGACUAUCAUCUAUGGUCCUUAUCACAAUAUUGUGCCUUCUUCGUCGAAGGAAUUUGUGACUGAAAAGCAGAGGCGAAUCACGGCUCAUUAUGGCUACGAUCAGCCAGUGCUUGAAGUCUCAAACCUGAAACGUACUGCCGAAAUAAGUCAUUGGGGUGCUAAUCUGAAUAUUGAAGAUAAUAUACACCUGCACAAUGCUGGACCUACUCUGAAGGGACAUUUCUCUCGUCUGGAAUUUCAGAGUCAGAGUUUCUACGGUCGUCCUUCGCCGCAGAUGCUCACUGGUCUCAUGCUUCAUUUACCGGCUGGCGUCCACUCUGUCUAUUACUACGACCUCAUCGGAAAUGUCUCUACUUCCCGCCUUCGCACUACUCCAUCUGUGCAGAAAGGAUCUCCGAGCACGCAAUUCAGUCUUCUAGAGCUGCGCCCCCGUUAUCCUUUGAUGGGCGGCUGGAACUAUAGUUUCACACUCGGAUGGGAUUCUCCUUUGAGAGACUAUGCAGGUUGGGACCAGCAGAGUGGGAAAUACAUUGUCGGCGUACCGCUCAUGACAAUAAUCCCUGGGGCGGUAAUCGACGAUGCCGAAGUUGAAAUAAUCCUACCGGAGGGUGCUACUGAUAUCGAAUACUUCCCACCGUUCCCGGCGUUGAAAACCGACAUUGCAACACACGUCACAUACCUGGACACCAUCGGCCGUCCAACCAUAAGUUUCACGUACAAGCAGCUCACGGACAAGCACACCGGGACCAUUUUCGUGACAUACUCGGUGCCUCUGUCAGCGCAUUUGAAGAAACCAUUAGCGGUGGCGGCCGCGUUUAUGGUUAUCUUCGCGCUAGGCUUUGCAUCCAAACGCAUGGACAUGCGAAUCCAAAAGAAAUAA